AUGUAUCACCAUUACCAUACAUUUCAAGGAAGAAAGCUUACAGACCAAGAAAGGGCCCGUGUACUGGAGUUUCAGGACUCUAUACAUUACUCACCUCGUUAUUCUGACGAUACACAUGAAUAUAGACAUGUAAUGCUACCCAAGGCCAUGCUGAAAGUCAUUCCAUCAGACUAUUUCAAUUCAGAUGUUGGGACUUUAAGGAUUUUAACCGAAGACGAGUGGAGAGGAUUAGGAAUAACACAGUCGCUAGGUUGGGAACACUAUGAAUGUCAUGCCCCAGAGCCCCAUAUUUUACUAUUCAAAAGGCCUUUAAACUACGAGGCAGAACUGAGAGCUGCAGCUGCAGCUGCAGCCUCCAACCAACAACAACAACAACAACAACAACAACAACAACAACAGCAGACCCAAACUGUUCAGGAGGCGUCUCUCAAGGAAUAG